CCCCUUCUUUUUGUAUUUUAGACUCAAAAAACUUUUCUUGGGAGUGUAACCUAUCUGUAAGCACUUGGAAAGCUUCUAGCCCUAAGCCCUGUGUACUCAGGAGAUAAAUCAGCUCUUCUCAAGGACAACAGGGAAAUAAACCCAGAAACCACAGGCCACCUAAGAACAGCCAGGCUUUACAUACCAUGGAGCUCAGGCUCCGGUCUUACUCCACACUGCUGCUCACUGCUCUCAGCAUUCGCUGGCCACUGUCCCCCAAACAUCUGCACCUAAGCCCUCGGCACCAACGUCCCACCUCCCAGAUCUCUGGAUCCAGGAGGGGGUAGGCUCCUAACCCAUAAAUCAGGAUGCCUCUGCUAGGCAGCUGGUUGACCAGAUGCCCGAGGCCUUGCCUUCACCUCUGGUGGCCCAUCCAGGUGUGACGUCCCUCCAGUUCCCACCACCAUCCUGUUCAAAUAGAUGGGGGCUGUUAGACUCACAGAUGUGCUUUAAACUAGGAUCCGUCCCACUGCGAGAGGUUCUGGUUGUAAAUCAGGAAAGAGAGAUAAGACCAGACUUGAGGCUCAGGAAGAAAAUUGGGUAAAGCUGCUUGCCUGAUGGGAUAGAGGGAAGGGAUUCUUAGGGAGAGAGACUGCUCAGGACUGAAAAUGCUUUGAAAGUAGAGAGAGGCUGGAGAGGGCUUUGCAGAGGCGAGAGGACUCUGGAGUGUGAGUGGGGCAGAGAUUGGGACCCAAAAUCCGAGCUCUGUUGGAGGCCCAGACACGGAAGGGAAAGACCCAUCCUGUGCACAGAUAAUUAGAGGUCGUGUGGCUUCAGGGCCUCUCGGGGUCCCAGACCCUCCCGGCAGCUUUGGGACUUGCCCACCCACUCCUCCCAGUGUGCGCACAAGGAGCUCUUCCUGGGGGAAAGAAAACAGGCCCUCUCUGCUUACUUGGCCCCCCAGACUCUGCCUGACACAUGACACACUCCAGGAAGUCUGAGUUACAUCCCCACGGGGGCGGGAAAACCUGUUUUCUGACUCCCUGUCUCCUCCCACCUUGGCUUUGGUCCCCCUUGACAAUGCUCAUUUGGGAAGCAGAUUCCGGGAUCCCGGUAGCCCAAGGGCAGAUCCAGGGGUUGUCAGCUGAGUCCCCUAAGAGGCUGAAUCCUUUAAGUCAGAGGCGAGAUCCCAGGCUGGGGCUGGUAAAUGCAGGGAAUCCAUCUACCUGUGGACGCUGAAUGCCCCAGGUGCUCUCUCUCCCGGUGUCCCUUCCAGCCAGGAUGAGAGCCCGUGACCGGGGGUCAGGCGGUCAGGAGCAAGCAUGGACCUUGGCCCUGAAUCUGGAGCUCGUGAGUCGAGAUGGGGAGAAAGCAUUUUCUCACAAACUUUGGAAAAUGCUAAGAAAACCACUCACGGUGGCGUGGGUCGAGUGCCUGGCACAUCACAGCUCCUCAUAAUGAGGGAGUCCUCUUCCUCCCGCUCCGCCCUUGAGGGCCGGCUAUCGUUGAGCAAGGAACAAGCAUUCAAUGGAGAGAGCCGGUCCAGGUGGGGCUCCAACUCGGCGCUCGCUCCCCUCUGGGGCCCCGCCCGCGCAGGAAGCGGGGAGAACACCUGGCCGAGCUGCUCCUCGCCCUUCCCCUCCCCCCACCGCCCAGAGAGGUCGGACGGCGAUGACCCCCAAGCCUCCCGGACCGGACGGGGGCUGGGGCUGGGUGGUGGCGGCCGCAGCCUUCGCGGUGAAUGGGCUCUCCUACGGGCUGUUACGCUCCCUGGGCCUUGCCCUGCCUGACCUCGCGGAGCACUUUGACCGGAGCACUCAGGACACUGCGUGGGUCAGCGCCCUGGCCCUGGCGGUGCAGCAGGCAGCCAGCCCAGUGGGCAGCGCCCUGAGCACCCGCUGGGGGGCGCGCCCGGUGGUGAUGGUUGGGGGCGUCCUCACCUCGCUGGGCUUCGUCUUCUCGGCAUUCGCCCGCAGUCUGCUGCACCUCUACCUUGGCCUGGGCGUCCUUGCUGGCUCUGGCUGGGCCCUGGUGUUCGCCCCGGCCCUCGGGACCCUGUCCCGUUACUUCUCCCGCCGUCGAGUCUUGGCCGUGGGGCUGGCCCUCACGGGCAACGGGGCCUCCUCGCUGCUCCUGGCGCCCACCCUGCAGCUCCUCCUUGAUACUUUCGGCUGGCGGGGCGCCCUGCUCCUCCUCGGCGCCGUCACCCUCCACCUCGCCCCCUGUGGCGCCCUGCUGCGACCCCUGGAGCUCCCUGGCGACCCCCCGGCCCCACCCCGCGGGCCCUUAGCUGCCCUCGGCCUGGAUCUCUUCGCGCGCCGGGCCUUCUUAGUUUUUGCUCUGGGCACAGCCCUGGUGGGGGGCGGGUACUUCGUGCCCUACGUGCACUUGGCCCCUCACGCUUUAGACGGGGGCCUGGGCGGCUAUGGGGCCGCGCUGGUCGUGACGGCGGCUGCGCUGGGGGACGCGGGCGCGCGGCUGCUCAGCGGCUGGCUGGCUGACCGGGGCUGGGUGCCCCUCUCGCGGCUGCUGGCGGUGUUCGGGGCUCUGACCGGCCUGGGGCUGCUGGCCGUGGGACUGGUGCCCUUGGUGCGGAGCCGGGAGGGCUGCGGGGGGCCCCUGCUGGCGGCGGCUGGGGUCUACGGGCUCAGCGCCGGAAGUUACGCGCCCUUGGUUUUCGGUGUGCUCCCGGGGCUGGUGGGCGUCGGAGGUGUCGUCCAGGCCACGGGGCUGGUGAUGAUGCUGAUGAGCCUUGGGGGGCUUCUGGGCCCUCCGCUCUCAGGCUUCCUAAGGGAGGAGACGGGAGAUUUCACGGCCUCCUUCCUCACCUGCGGCUCUUUCAUCCUCUCUGGCAGCUUCAUCUACAUGGGGCUGCCAGGGGCGCUGCCCUCCUGCCGUCCGGCCUCCCGGCCGGCCACCCCUCCCCCCGAGAGGGGGGAGCUGCUCCCCGCUCCUCAAGUUGCCCUGCUUUCCCCUGGAGGCCCUCAAUCCACUCUGGACACUGCUUGUUGACCAUUAGUUUGAGCCACUCCCCCAGUAAAGAAUUUCUAUCCAGUUUCCUGCAAGCUCCAACUGUUAGCCUAUCUAGGAGGCUGAAAACAUUCUUUCUCCGUAAGAUAUUCAAGGGGCCGCCUGGGUGGCUCAAUCUAGUUAAGCCUCUGACUCUUGAUGUUGGCUCAGGUCAGGA